CAGCAUGCCACGUAUUUAUCUUCGUUAUCCAAAAUCCAAGUAUGUACUUCACAGCUACACCUGUAAAUGGCGCUUCUCAACAUCACUCUCUGUACCAAAAUCCCUCUGAAAUGCCAUUUUCACACCUCCGAUCACACCUACUGCCCCGCGCAGAAGGUACUGCCGAAGAAGCAAAUCGAAGCUCCUAGAAGCGUUGUCGUUUCGCUGUGCGAAUCUGCGUCAAGGGCGAGCCUGCUUGCUCUUCUCUCAGCUUCUCUGUUCAUUGUUGACCCUGCACUCGCCUACAAGGGAGGAGGUCCGUAUGGAUCUGAAGUGACAAGAGGACAGGAUCUCACUGGGCAGGAUUUUAGCGGCAGGACUUUGAUCAAGCAAGAUUUCAAGACGUCCAUAUUAAGGCAAGCCAACUUCAAAGGCGCAAAGUUACUAGGCGCCAGUUUCUUCGAUGCUGAUUUAACAGGAGCUGAUCUUUCAGAUGCUGAUCUCAGAGGUGCAGACUUUUCUCUAGCAAAUGUGACGAAGGCAAAUUUGAGCAAUGCUAACUUGGAAGGUGCGUUUGCGACAGGAAACACUUCUUUCAAGGGAUCAAAUAUAACUGGCGCUGACUUCACAGACAUGCCAUUGAGAGAGGACCAAAAGGAAUAUCUAUGUAAAGUUGCAGACGGGGUGAAUCCUACAACUGGAAAUGCGACACGCGACACAUUGCUUUGCAAUUGAUGAUGUUUCACAUAUUCAAUACACUUGCAUGUUUCACCAGAGUGAAUCAAGAUCACUGUGUUCAUAAUAGCUGCAUUUUUCAUUGGAAUUUGGAUAUGUACAAUUUUUUAUGUAACUUUCAUAUGAAAUGUAAUUAACCAUAAGACUAUAUUUCUUUCCAAACUCCAUUUUUUGACAAGUACAUAUGCUUAUACCAGAUUGGUACCUUCUUAA